AUGUGGCGGGUUGUUUUUUUUGCCCUGGGCUGGGACCUGGCCCUGGCUGCCGCCUACAGCAGCUUUCGGAGGAGCAUGGACGGCGUCGGGAGGAGGCAGUACCAGGUGCAGCACGGCGCCUGCAGCUACACGUUCCUGCUGCCCGAGGCAGACAACUGCCGCACGCCCGCCGGCCCCUACGUGUCCAAUGCGGUGCAGAGGGACGCGCCGCUGGACUACGACGACUCGGUGCAGAGGCUGCAGGCGCUGGAAAGCAUCAUGGAGAACAACACCCAGUGGCUCAUGAAGCUGGAGAGCUACAUCCAGGAGAGCAUGAGGAAGGAGAUGGCGGAGAUGCAGCAGAACGCAGUGCAGAACCAGACCGCCGUGAUGAUCGAGAUUGGGACAAGCCUGCUGAACCAGACGGCGGAGCAGACGCGCAAGCUCACCGAUGUCGAGGCCCAAGUAUUAAAUCAGACAACAAGACUUGAACUUCAGCUUCUGGAACAUUCCCUUUCUACAAACAAAUUGGAAAAACAGAUUUUGGAUCAGACCAGUGAAAUAAACAAAUUGCAAGAUAAGAACAGCCUCCUAGAAAAGAAGGUGCUCGACAUGGAAGACAAGCACAUCGUUCAGCUCCAGUCGCUCCAGGAGGAGAAGGACCAGCUGCAGGUGCUGGUGUCCAAGCAGAACUCCCUCAUCGAGGAGCUGGAGAAGCAGCUAGUGACGGCGACCGUGAACAACUCCGUGCUGCAGAAACAGCAGCAUGACCUGAUGGAGACGGUGCACAACCUGCUGACCAUGAUGUCCGCGCCAGGCUCAGCGAAGAGCGGCCUGGUGGCUAAGGAAACACAGGCCGUCUUCAGAGACUGUGCGGAAGCGUUCAGGGCCGGCCGGACCACCAGCGGCAUCUACACGCUCACCUUCCCCAACUCCACGGAGGAGGUCAAGGCUCACUGUGACAUGGAAACGGCCGGAGGGGGGUGGACGCUCAUUCAGCGGCGCGAAGACGGCAGUGUCGACUUUCAGAGGACUUGGAAAGAAUACAAAGUGGGCUUCGGGAGCCCCGCUGGCGAGUACUGGCUGGGGAACGAGUUCGUGUCGCAAGUGACCAACCAGAAACGCUACGCGCUCCGCAUCCGCCUGGUGGACUGGGAGGGGAACGAGGCCUACGCCCUGUACGAACACUUCUACCUCUCCAGUGAGGACCUCAACUACAGGAUUCACCUUAAAGGACUCACGGGGACAGCCGGCAAAAUAAGCAGCAUCAGCCAGCCGGGAAGUGAUUUCAGCACCAAGGACGCAGACAAGGACAAAUGUAUCUGCAAGUGCUCGCAGAUGCUCACAGGAGGCUGGUGGUUUGAUGCAUGCGGCCCCUCCAACCUGAACGGAAUGUACUACCCGCAGCGGCAGAACACCAACAGGUUCAACGGGAUUAAGUGGUACUACUGGAAGGGGUCAGGCUACUCGCUCAAGGCCACCGCCAUGAUGAUCCGCCCCGCGGACUUCUGA